AUGUCCACGGAAAGCGGCAAACGGCACCACAACCCAGUGGACAGCCUGUGUCGGAAAAUCCAGACCAUCAACAUGUUGGACAAAACCGCCAAUCCUGCCCUGCAGAUCCCGAAGCUCCGAUCCAAGAACUUUGACAGCCCACAGGCCAACGUGAAGAAAAACUUGGAGGAGAUCUUGAAGAAGAGGACGUUGAAAAGCAGCGAGGGCAGCUGGACAAGUCAGGACGCCUCUUUCCUGACCCCUUACAGUGACGAAGUCUUCUCCCCGUGUCUGUCAAAAGUGGCCCCGAGUCACAGGCGCAUCUCGGAUAUCCAGUUUGAGAACAAGACCUUCACCGUGGGUCGAAAUAAAGACCGAGGAAACCGAUUUGCGUUCCCAGCAGUGGAAUCAGGGAGCUAUUUGUCACCUCCCUUCAGAAGCAGAGAAACGGCCCUGGGCCGCUUCUCUGGUAACCAUGGGGCAGAGCACAAAAGUGUGGAUUCUCCUGACAAUAACUGUUUCACAUCAAGUCCCAACUGGUUUGCCCGUGAGUUGAAGUCUAUGCCGCCAGCGUUGCAGUCCCCUGUGGCGAAAAGACUGUCUUUGGGAUGCAGGCUGUCUGUUGGAAUGCAAGACAAUGAGGACAUUGACGUUAGCUUCAUCUGCGAGGAAGACUUGCUGACAACCAUCUUCUCUGCAUGCGAUGUGGACAGAAGAGGUAAAAUUGCCUGGCCUAUGGCCUCAUCUCCUUCUUCUUCGGGUUUCCAGCACUCGGUCACUAAAGUGAAAAGCUUGAAAGAGGAACUGGAAGAAGUCAAAAACCACCUGACUACUUCUGAAGAAAAGGCUGGAAAGCUGUUGACACAGAAUAAACAACUAGAAAAAGAGAACCAGUCCCUCAUUUUGAAGAUUUCGAGUCUUCAGGAAGAGAAUAUUCAAAAUGCUCUGGAUAUGAGUGGUCUCCAGACGAAUAUUGUUGAGUUAUCCAGAAAUGUGGCUGAACUCCAAUUGCAGAUGCAUAUGUAUGAGAACGCUCUGACGGAUAAAGACACAUCCCUCCAUAAGAAGGAUCUAGACAUCCAAGAGCUGAAGUCUACUCUUAAAGAAUAUGCUACUAUCGUGGAGACUCUGCGUGCCGAGAAAGGUAAACUGGUGAGCAACAUACAGCAGAUGCAGCAGGAGUUAAUUUCAAACGGCAUCAACUUUCCUUUGAUGUACAAGUUCAACAGCAGCAUCUUCGAAGGGACCAAAUCGCUGCACUGCGAACUGGAGCUAGCUCAGGAGUCGACAAUCACUGGAAUUGAAUGGACAGCACUGGACGAAUCUCUGGAAAGGGAGGUCUUACUUCUCUUGCAGGGGCCAGAGCAAGUAGGGGAGAAGUUUAAGGCCACCAUCAGAACACUGCGAGAAGAACUGUCUCAGAUGGAGGAGCUAGCAGGACUUCAUCUGCUUCCGUCAGAAGACUUGGAGACAAAUGGGCAAGAAGUCCAUGAGAAAAAACCGGAGGCUCCCAGGAAAGUCUUGGCAAGUAUGAAGACUCUCUGGCUCCAGAAACUCAAUCUCUUGGAGGCACAGAAGGAGUCCUUGGACAAGGAGCUGAUAAAGUUGGUGGGAAACUUAAAGCGAAUGAGAACAGAGCAGCUGCAUUUGAAAAAAGAACUAUCCUUGAGACAGAAUGAGCUAGAAUCUGCCAAACAGCUCCAGGAAGACACCGUUGAAGAAGGAGAACUCUUGCGAUCGACACUCCAAGAGCUGACCAAGCAGCUAGAGGACGCCAAUAGGAAGAUGAAGGACCAGGAAAGAAAACUUUGUGCUGCCUGCGAGCAAGUGCCGACUUUGGAAAAGAAGCUAGAAGGGAGCAUCGCUGAGCAAAGAGCCCUCUGGGCUGCCAACAUAAGCUUGGCGUGUACUUACCAAGAGCUGGAAGAGAACGCCAAAUGUCAGAGUCUGGAUCUCGCUUUCCUCAGAGAGAACCAUUUUAAAGGGCUGUCCAGAAGUGUCCUUUGCCAGAGCUGUGUGUCUGCCAGUGAGAAUCCUUUGUCCGGCUUUAAAUCAAGCGAAGAGGCGAGUACAGAGAAGACCGUCUGCUGCUGUAAAGGGCUUGAACCCCAAGAAACAAGUCCAUUCUCUUACUUGUCCCGGUUACCCAUCUUAAAUGGAUUCUUGCCGUUGUCUCCGUUGCUAGAUGCACUGGCCCUUGACAGUCUCCAGCAGAUAAAGAAGUAUUCUACAUCUAAGACUCCAACAAAGGCUGGAGUCCCGCCCACCUCUAAAGAACAACUGAGGAAUGGAUCCUUCUCGGAUGUGACAUUGGAGGGACACAAGGGUGAGAACUGCCCUGUUGGUCUCCAGACUGAUGCAGACCUUCGUAUUUCUGGCUCAGGGAUGGAAGCUAAGAGGGCCCAGGAGGGUGAUGCUGUGCCUUUGACAGAUGUCGUUUCCAGGGAGCACAUCCCAUCCCAGGACAUUUCUAUCCCUGCAUCAGAAAGUGCUGACGACUCACAUGUUACUGAAACUACACUACUGCAUACCAUGAAGGAGAGAAUUUGUGAGACUGUUUCAGAAGCCGAGGAGGUCAAUGUAGCCGCAGAGCAGGAAACAAAAGAGGAUUGUCGAAACAACAUGGAGGGCAUGACAGGGGAUUCUUCUUCUGCUGUGGCCGUGCCCUGUAUUGCUGCGGAGAGAAGCGGGCAGAAGGGCAUUUUCAGCGUUUCCCCCACCGAGAGAGAAGUGGAGGCAGAAUUUCUUAGGCUUUCUCUGGGAUUCAAAUGUGACCUCUUCACUCUGGAAAAGAGAGUCAGGCUAGAAGAAAGAUCCCGGGAUCUGGCUGAAGGAAACCUAAAAAAGGAGAUUGCUGGUGCCUUAAAGUUACUUGAGUCUCUGGCCUCUCUCAGUGAAGAUAACCAAGCACAGGAGAUAGUGAAGAAACUUCAGAAGAGCUUGGAGCUGCUCAGUCUUUAUGCCAGCCGAGUGGCCAGCAAGGCAGAAAUGCUGGGAGCCAUCCAUCAAGAGACCCGGGUCAGUAAGGCAGUUGAGGUGAUGAUCCAGCAUGUGGAGAACCUGAAGCGUACGUACGCGCGAGAACACGCAGAGCUGGAGGAGCUAAAGGAGGUGCUCUUCCAGAACGAAAAGUCCUUCAGCUCUUCGGGGGACCGAGAUGAAUUGUCAAGUAAAAAGCUCUCCAACUCUCUAAAGUUUGAGCCAGCAUCCUCCCUACGCAGAGUUAGCAUCGCAGCCUUGCCCAGGAAUGUGGGAAAUGCUGGCUCCGGCUUGCCCUUGGCUCCGUCGAAUGAAAUGGACAGAAGUGACCAGAAUGAGAAACUCAACAGGCGCUCGAGUUGGAACACUCUUACGGAGCCGACGCCUCCUGAGACGAAAGCAAGCAAGGCGCAGAAGCUGAACGAAAAAGAACGUUCUUCAUCAGCGCAUAAUAAUUUCGGCAACUCUGCAAGGUUAGGACUGAUCGGAAGCAGCUUCGGUCGAGAGAUUCAGCCUUGGCUGGUGACGUGGUUCAUGAAACCGUUCCGCCAGGAAGCGGUGACUGUUGUGUGGCUUAAUGGGUCCAGAGCAGCCCUCGGCUCCAGGGGUCCGGGUUCCGUGUCCCUGCUGCAGAGUGUGAUCCUGGCCGGUGGCAUCCUGUUUGGAAUUGCAGGAACCGCCCUCUCUGCUGACGCCUUAAAGCUGAAUGCGGAGCGGAUGCGCUGCUGGCCAGGGGAAGGGGAAAAUAAAGCUUUUCUAUACAUCUGGGCAGCACAGCCAGUUCUGGGUUUUGGGGAGCCCCAAAGGACCCCCUCUCUUUCUCCGACCACCACCAGCUCCCCUGCUCAUGCAUCCUUCACGUUCAUCCACAUCCCCACAUGCCUGUUUCCUUCCCCUCCCGCUGACCGUUUGACCCCUCUCCAAUGCUACUGGGUGCAGCGGGCCCUGCCAGAAACCCUCCGCCCCAGCAGCUCCCCUAUCCCGGGUUUUUGGCUUCCUAUUUCACGGUAUCUCAGCUAUAUAUCAUGCCAUCUACAAGUUCAGGAAGGUGUGACGACUUCUUUUCUCUGCAGGUGCAGACGGGUUUCUUCUUGGGCUUGCUCUCUCCGGACCGCCUUAACCAGGGCCAACAAGACUCUCUGCGUUUCUCUGGUCGCCAUCGUGGUUUUGGCUAUCCUUUCCUCGUUAAUCGUGGGCCUGUCGUUCCAGAGACCUGCCGAAGCUGCCCUGGUCGGGACAGGGAACGCUUGGACUUCCAUCCAGCAGCUGCUGUGGCCAUACACCGGGCUCCGGCAUGAGGGGCCUCCGCCCGUGUAACAUACCACUGUUUGUCAGAUGGGUCUCCAAAGGCAGAGCUGGGGACGGCCUGCUGCAGAUCCUCAACCUGGGUUUAGUGCAAAGGGGAUAGUUGAAGCUGUCUAAGUUAUAAUGUGAUCCACGGUCCUACCUGGAAAAUUAAAACUUGGUCGUCGCCCUAAAGGGAGCUGGUUUCGUUCUCCAGAAAUGUUAACGUUGGCAUGUUCCAAAGUUGCAUUUCUUGCUUUCUCGCACUGCAAUUUCUGUCUACUGAAUGAAUGAGUUUUUUGUUUUUUAAAGCGUCUUUUUUCUUUUCAUCCCACUUAACCUUCAAGGCUUUGGGAAAUUAAAAAUGUCUUAAUGUAUUUGGGAGCAAGCAUAGCUUUGGAUUAAAUUUAGUAUUUAUUAUAAAACACA